AUGGUCCACGUGGAUGCAGACGUAGAACCAUACUAUGGACGACGAUUGAUGCUUCACGUUCUAGAUGGCAUCGCUGCUAGUGAACCCUCGCGUCCUUUCAUCCAUGCGCCGAACACGAGCAAUCCUAGUGAUGGCUGGAAGCCCGUUGCAUACAAGGAAAUGGCUCAAGCUGUUGACUCUGUUGCAUGGCAGAUUACAGAGGCGUACGGACCAGCGUGGAAAGGUACAUUUCCUACUGUCGCAUACAUAGGCCCAAUGGACGUACGGUACGUCGUCAUCGUCUUGGGCUGCAUGAAAGCUGGGUACAAGGCGCUUCUUCUUUCCCCGCGGAACAGCAAAGAAGCGCAGCAGCAUCUUCUCAAAGCGACUGACUGCGACAUCUUCUGGCAUGCCGACACCUUUACGCCCAUGAUUAAGCCAUGGAUUGGAGAACGCAAAAUGCAGACACUUGAGGUUCCCAGUGCCGAUAUCAUGAUAGCAGCCACCUCCCCGCCGUUUCCCUAUACUCGGACAUUCGAGGAAGGCAGAUGGGACUCAUCAAUCCCUGUCGUUCAGAAACAGGGCACCUUCGCCAUCACCGAUGCCUUGCGCGAUAUGCCCGCGUCCCACGGUGGCAAAUACAUGGCAUACGAAUGGGGAACUCGAGCCGAGAAGAUUUUCAUGCCGAUGCCGCUUUUCCACGCCGCAGGCAUGAUACUCUUGCUCAAGUUGACGCUUGCGUUCGGGGCCACCUUCGCCUUGACCAUUCUAGACCGGCCGCUCAGCUCAGACCUCGUGCUUCAAAGUUUGAAGCAUGUUGGCGCCCAAGGAACCAUUCUCCCGCCUGUUAUCUUGGAGGAGCUCUCCACCAAGAGUGAGAGCUUAGCUGAAUUGGCGAAACUCAAGUAUGUGGGCUUUGGUGGAGGCAAUCUCGGGCAGCAGGCUGGCAAAACUCUCAUUGACAAUGGUGUUCUCCUUACCAACGGAGUUGCGGCAACCGAAUACUUGCCAUUUGUACUCCAUUAUCAAUCCAACAUGGAGAACUGGCAAUGCUUCAUCUUCAACAGCGAAGUUAUGGGCUGCGUUUGGCGUCCCGUGGAAGACGGGCUUUAUGAGCUUGUUGUUCGACGGAAAAACACCCAAGACAAAGAUCCAGGUCUGCAGGCUCUGUUCUACACAUUUCCCGACCUGGAUGAGUGGUCAACCAAGGAUCUAUACAAGCCCCACCCUGCGCUCCAUGAUCACUGGAUGUACUGUGGGCGACUUGAGGAUGUCAUCGUCUUCUCCAACGGAGAGAAGUUGAACCCAGUGAGCAUGGAAGAGCAUAUUAUUGGCCAUCCUGCCAUCAAGGGAGCCUUGGUGGUGGGCCAGGAGAGAUUCCAGCCAGCUCUGAUUCUGGAGCCCAUGACGCCAUGCGCAGACGAUGCGGUGGCCCGGGCUCUCAUUGAAGAUGUGUGGCCUUUGGUCGAGAAGGCCAACGCUGAGACAGUCGCACAUGGAAAGAUUGCCCGUUGGCUCGUGACGGUGUCGCCGCCAGGCAAAGACUUCUUGCGAACACCCAAAGGCACUACUCUUCGAACAGCAACUGUGAAGCUAUUCGCUCAAGAGAUUGAGUCGGUCUACCAAAACGCAGAGACAACGGACCCAGCUGAUUCUGUCGAUCUGGAUCUCACCAAUGAAGACACCCUAGCGAAGUCCAUCAUUGAAUUGGUUACCAAACUCAGCGGACACGACGGCUUCAAAAUCGAAACGGACUUCUUUACCGUAGGUUUUGACUCCCUACAGGUCAUCAACACCGUCAAACUGCUCCGCAUUGGUCUCGAAGGUGCGGGCAUCAAGCUUGAGGAUGGCUUGAUGAUUCCUCGUAUUGUCUAUGGGAAUCCCACCCCGCGACAGUCGGCCCACUAUCUCUGCUCGGCCGCUCAACAAGGUGGAAUCAGCGCCGAGUUUGAUGCCGAGCGCCAGGCCAAGGUGUUGAAAGCCAUCCUAGCAAAGUACACCGAAGCUCUGCCCGCUUCGAAUCCUAAUAAGCCGGAACCGCUGAGUGUCGGGCAGACAGUCAUUGUUACCGGCACAACUGGCUCUCUCGGAGCAUACUUGCUCGAUCGCCUCUGUAAGUUAGAGUCGGUCAAGAAAGUUAUUGCCCUCAACCGAGGCAAGGAUGGUGGCCAGUCCCGACAGCCUUCAGCCUGUGCAUCUCGCGGCUUGGGCACCGACUUCUCCAAGGUCAAGUUCCUAGAAACGGAUUUAUCACUGCCCGAUCUUGGCCUCGGUGUGACCAAAUACACUGAGCUUCUGGGUACAGUUGACCGCAUUGUUCACAACGCUUGGCCCGUGAACUUCCAAAUCAGCGUCAAUUCGUUUGAGCCGCACAUUCGGGGCGUACGCCAUCUUGUUGACUUUUCAAGCGCUGCUGUGAAGCAUGUGCCCGUCAUCUUCCUGUCGAGUAUCAGUACUGCGGGCGGCUGGACGGCAACUGAGCCGGUGCCUGAGCAUCAGCUUGAUGAUCCAACAAUGCCUAUCAUGGGAUACGGUCAAUCGAAGCGUACCGGGAGUCUCAUUUUGGAUGCCGCCGCACAGAAAACCGGAAUCCCAGCCGCAUCGAUACGGAAUCGCCAAGAGUUCAUCCCCAGCCUCAUCGCCAGUUCGGUAUAUCUCGGUGCUUUGCCCAACCACAUCGGCUCUAGUGCCGAACUCAUCUUCGAGAUUUCUGGUGUUACAAUCGAGGCCCCUGCCGCAGAGAUCUCGGGCUACUUCCUCGCUGUCAAUCCGGUCACCAUGCAAUGGUCCGAGUUGACUGAUGCUGUAAAGAGCUACUACAGCGACAAAAUUCAUAUUGACAAGAACCCCAGUGUCAAGUUGCUAGAUACCUAUCGCGGCAUGCUUGCGGCUAAUCGAGCAGGACUGGAGCACGUUACGUUCAGUAUGGAGAGGACCAAGACCCGGAGUCCAACAGUCGAGAGAUUGAGUGAGAUUACACCUGGUCUUUUGAAGAAUUGGUGUCAGCAGUGGGACUUUUAG